CCGAACACAGGAGGCGGGAUUAUUUGAAUACAGGGAAGUAAAAUAAGACGUGGUCUUUGUGUGGUAAAGAUUAUAAACGGAAAUUACUUUGCAUCUGAAUUUUUGAAAGAUAAAAUAUUACAUUAUACAGCAUUUUAAAAAUAAGAGGAAUGAGCAUUAAGACCGUUGAUGUCCCGUGUCUUUUCCAGUUGUCAUUUUUCGCCAUGUGCCGUUUACACACGUUUCCAUGGAGGUAUUUAGAAACUGAACUCCAAAACUCACCAUCAGAAGUCAUUUUGGACAUUUUAAAAAAGACGUGUCUUCAUCCAGUAUGUCAUAAAACUCCACCAUCAGUGAAAUACAGGAGGCUCUUCCUAUCCGAACUAAUAAAAAGGUAUGAGUCGACUGCUUCCGAGCCUUUGGAUGAGCUGUAUGAUGCGCUAGCUGAGGUGUUGGGCGCUGCAGAGGAGACAGCGUGUUAUAAAACGUAUUUCCUGCCUUCAGGAGAGCCGGUGAGUUUGGAAGAGAAUGUAGCGAUGAUCUCCGAGGGCACCACCGGGCUCGUCACAUGGGAAGCUGCUCUCUACCUCGCCGAAUGGGCGCUGGAAAACACACACAUCUUCACUGGAAGGACGGUGCUGGAGUUGGGCAGUGGAGCAGGACUCACCGGUGUAGCAGUGUGUCAUGCCUGCAAGCCCAAAAAAUACAUUUUCACUGACUGCCAUCAAAGUGUGCUCCAGAGACUUCAGAAUAAUGUCCAGCACAACGGUUUAAACGAGGAGGACGGCACCAGCGUGUCUGUGUGUGUGGGGGAACUAGACUGGGAACACGCACGAGACGAAGAGCUGCAGAGAUUUGGAGCGCAGACCAUCAUAGCAGCAGACGUGGUGUAUGAUCCUGAGAUCGUCGUCUGUCUGGUGAGACUUCUAGCGAAACUUUUAAAGAUUCAGAAAAAGCCUCCGGAGGUUUACAUCUCCUCGACGAUACGCAACCCAGGAACCUACACCUGCUUCAAGAAGGAACUGGAAAAGGCUGGGUUAAAACACGUCAUUGUUACGAAUCCCGUCACGCAAGUUUUCCUGUACGACAGAGUUUCUUCGAUAGAAAUCAUCAACGUGCACGCUGCUGACUGAAUGCAAAAUGUAAUAAAGUGCUUAUUUACAUCGUA